UCUCUCACUGUCGGGGGCCGAUCAGUCAGCCGCUAUAGGAGCGUCAGACUGGCGCACGGCAUGGCGGCAACACGCUGCCUCCAGUUUUUUGUGCGUGACGCUGAUGAUCCUCUGUAACGACAAGACCGUGGCAGGUGACGUCAUCGGGGGGAGAGGAGGCCGCGGGUCCACAGACUGCCCUGCCGUGAAAAACGGGACCUGGACCUUCCGCGCACCUGUGGGUUUUCCCCCAGCCACCUGGGAGCACCUGGAACAGCACCUGCAAACAGAUGAGGAGAGGUUGGAACAGGUCAAGAGGCGCCUGGAUCCUCCGGAGAUGUGGAUCGAUUGCUCGGCCAUUUUCCACUGGUCGAACAGGGUGGCCAGAAGCGGCGUGUACACCAUCCGCCUGGCGGGGGCGAACCGAACCGUCCCCGUCUACUGUCGCAUGGAGGGCGGGCAGGGCUGGACGGUCCUCAUGCGGCGUCAGGACGGCUCCGUGGACUUCUACCGCACCUGGGAGGAGUACAAGGUCGGCUUCGGCAACCUGUCGACGGAGUUCUGGCUCGGCAACGACAACAUCCACCUGCUGACCAACCAGGCCAGGUACGGGCUGCGGGUGGAUUUGGAGACGUUCGACGGAGAAUCGAGCUACGCCCAGUACCGGAGCUUCUCCGUCCUGGACGAAGCCUCCAAGUACAAACUGUCCCUCGGGAGUGGGUUCAGCGGGACCGCCCGCAACGCUCUCCACUUCCGGAACAACAAGGCCUUCGCCACAUGGGACAGUGACACUGCUACCAAGAAGGCCUUGAAGUUCAGGAGUGCGGGGUGGUUAUCCAAAAACGCGCUUUUCCCCAACCUAAACGGCGUGUACUACACUCCGCAAACCGUCCCGACUCAAAACAGAUUCCUCCGCGAUGCCAUCAGGUGGUACGUAAGGAGAGACAAGGGCAGAAAGAGUUACCCCUUACUGAAGUUUGUUGAGCUGAGGGUCGCACCUGAACUUACAUAAAUGAUGUUUACGAUUUUCCUGUCAGGGCGUCGUGGUCACAUUCGUCCUGAGGUAGCCUUACAAAACCGAGUCGUGAUGUGUUGUACAAAACCCGUAUUGUGACUGACAAACUUGAUAUAGAUCCUUGCCAACGACAGAUUCUGUCUUAACCCCCGCAGAAAAUUUUACAAAAAAAAUCGUGCGACGAAUGUGACCACGUCUGUACAUUGUAUAGCCUCAUUUCCACAUACCAUUGGUAUACUAGUAUACUCAUAUCCAGAAGUAGGAUAUUCCCCCUAAAACUUGAGGUUGAAUAUUUUUCUUCUCUUUUCUAAAAUCCACUUUUCGAAAAGUUAUCUGGGCACGAUGUGUACUAGCAU